AUGGUUGGCCGUCCUAUCGUGAUUAGUGGUCCAUCAGGUACCGGAAAGUCCACUCUUUUGAAAAAGUUGUUCGCAGAGUACCCAGACAAGUUCGGUUUCUCUGUUUCCAACACCACCAGAAAACCAAGACCUGGUGAGAAAGACGGUGUGGACUACCACUUCACCACCGUCGAGGACUUCAAGAAGCUGAUCGAGGAAAACAAGUUCAUCGAAUGGGCUCAGUUCUCUGGCAACUACUACGGUACCUCUAUCAAGGCCGUUGAAGACGUUGCUGAAGUCAUGAAGAGAACAUGUAUCCUGGACAUCGAUAUGCAGGGUGUCAAGAGUGUCAAGAAGACCAACCUGGGUGCAAGAUUCUUGUUCAUCUCCCCUCCUUCCAUCGAGGAACUCAAGUCCAGACUUGAAGGCCGUGGAACAGAGACCCCAGAAUCUUUGGCCAAACGUGUUGGUGCUGCUGCCGCAGAGAUGGAGUACGCAAAAGCCGGAGGCCACGACAAGGUUAUUGUCAAUGACGAUCUUAACAAGGCCUAUGCUGAGCUAAAGGAGUUCAUUUUUUCCGAGCCGGUCUGA